AUGACGUUAUACUUAGAGAAAUUUAAUGAUACUGUGGUUGAGACAUAUGAAGAAUUCCCACUUCUAAUGCCACGAUGGGGAUACGUGGCAUCUGCUUUCGUGUUGUUCAUAAUCGGCUUUUUCGGAUUUUUUCUCAACCUUUUGGUCAUCCUUCUCAUGUUUAAGGAUCGACAGCUUUGGACGCCUCUAAAUAUAAUACUUUUUAAUUUAGUAUGCUCCGAUUUCUCAGUGUCCGUUUUGGGAAAUCCCUUCACUCUUAUAUCUGCACUGUUUCAUCGCUGGAUAUUUGGUCAUACAAUGUGCGUGCUCUACGGAUUCUUCAUGUCUUUAUUAGGGAUAACAUCAAUCACAACACUGACAGUUAUAUCUUUUGAACGGUAUUUGAUGGUAACAAGAGCCCUUAGUUCAAGACAUCUCACUUCAAAUGGCGCCGCUAUGUCAGUUGUGUUCAUAUGGGUUUAUGCGUUGGCCCUCACUACUCCCCCACUUUUUGGAUGGGGUAAUUAUGUUAACGAGGCUGCAAAUAUUAGUUGUUCGGUAAAUUGGCACGAGCAAUCGCUUAACACGCUCACGUACAUUUUGUUUCUCUUUGCAAUGGGUCAGAUUUUUCCUUUCACUAUCAUUACCUAUAGCUACGUCAACAUCAUCCGUACAAUGAGAAAGAACUCUCGACGCCUUGGACGUGUAAACCGUGCAGAGGCUCGUGCGACUGCAAUGAUAUUUAUAAUGAUUAUAUCAUUUACCAUUGCAUGGACACCGUACUCUCUCUUCGCUUUAAUGGAACAAUUCGCAACUAAGAGCAUCGUGUCUCCUGGUGCUGGAGUUAUACCAGCGUUAGUUGCAAAAAGCUCUAUUUGCUACGACCCUCUUAUUUAUGUAGGGAUGAAUACGCAGUUCCGUCAAUCAAUAAAACGUAUUUUUGGUAUUCACGCUAAAGGCAGUAGUUCGCAAAUUGAGAGAGGUAAAAGUACAGUUUUGUCCACCUCAAAAAUUACAAACAUUGUCAAAAGAAACGAAAAAAAUUGUGAAUGUACGGAUGAUCAAUCUGAUGAAGUCAAAAAUGUGAUCACGAAUAAAAAAUUCAAUAAUAAAUUGGAAUUGUUCACAAUUGAAGAAAGAAAAACUGUAUCAGACGCAGAAAGAUCUGGAGAAACUUAUUAUGAUGAUGAGAGCAGUAGUGCCAAUAAAAAAAUAGUAGCUUUAAGAAAUUCUUGCAAACUAAAUGACGCUUCUCCAAUUCUUUCUAUAACAGACACCGAGAAACCUACGAGUAUAUUUACUAAAGCAUAUGAUCAUGAUCGUAAUGAUACGAACGAUUUACUAAAGAAUGUGUACACUAACAAAGGAUUUGAAGAACAUUCAACAGGUCUAGUGAAAACUGAUGAAUUAAUUAGAACACUAAAGCGCCCAAACACCAUCAAACAUAGUUUUUCGUUAGAUUUGGGCGGAACAUCUAAUGAAGGAAAGAGAAGAAAAUUUUCUAUGGAAACUAAAUUAGAAUCUAUCGCGACACCGAAAAGUUUUAUUGAUAUAGUGGUUAGUAAAUUAUUUGAUCCAGAGUAUACUCAAGAUAGUAUAAAAACUUACUUCUGUACUUCUGAAGAAAAUGAAAAAGAUGAAGCUAAUAUGUAA